GGUCUAUUCUCAAAGGUAUCGAAUCUGAUGAUCGAAAAAUAUGGUUCGAUUGACAAUAUUCGAUCGUUAAUAUCGAUUCGAUCAGACAUUUUCGAUCAAUCGUAUUCUCAAACAACUGUCGAAUACAAUAAAUUACUUUCGACACUCUUUUCGACAGUCGAAUAAAAUCAUAUUUUUUCCAUGACAUUUUUAAUUGUUAUCAUUAAUUUGAAUGAUAACAAAAGUUAAUUAAUAUUGUUUUAAAUAUUUAAUAAUAACAAUUAGGUACCAAAUACUAUCUAAACCAAUAGUAUUUUAUAAUACUUAAUACUCAUAGGUAUUAGGUGCUUAGUUUGCAUUUUUAUAUUAUAAUAACUAUAGCACUAUGAGUGUAUGCCUAAAGAAAAAUAAAGGGAGGUCCGUAACAAAUGCGCAGAAGGAAGCACUUGUCGAGUUUAUGGAGAAUAAUACGGAUUUAAAAAGAGGUAAAUUUACCUCCAGUUUUACCCACAAAAAGGCUCAACAUUUAUGGGAACAAAUAACUCAGUUAUUGAAUUCAAUGGUUGGUGCUAACAAGACCGCUGAUAAAUGGAGAAAAUGUUGGACAGAUAUGAAGUGUAACGCAAAAACAAGAUGUAUUGAACUUAAAAAAAGUACUAGGAAAACAGGUGGAGGGAGCUAUGAAUUAGAGAAUGAAUUAGCACCAUUAGAAGAAAAAAUAGUUGGUAUAAUUGGUGAUGUACCAAUUUAUGGUCAACCAAAUACACUUGAACCCAACGUCUCUUUUGAGGGAUAUGAAAUUAUAGUAGAUUCUUCGACCAAUAGUUUACAGCCAUUAGUUAAAUCACUAGUUGAUUAUGAAAUAAGAGAGACAGAGACUUGUUUGCCAGAUUUAUCACUACCAAGAUCAAUCGAACUUGUGUCUACGGACAAAAUACCAUUGCAAGACUUUAUUAUGACUGAUAAUACCAGUAAAGACAACAGCAAGAGGGAAGACACAGUUGGAUUAAAAACUAAAAACAGUAAGCUAGAUGUCCUUCAGAAAUCUGUCAAAGCAUCUUUACAAGUUAUUAGCGUAAGUGAAGACAGAAAUAAAAUUCUUAAAGAGUACUACACUCAGAAGUUGCAGCUCUUGGAAAGGAUUGCCAUUGUCAAAGAGAGGAAGUUGGCUUUAAUGGAAGCAAACAUAAAUAUUAUAAAUAAAAAUUCAAAUUUAUAAUUGAAUAUUCUAUAAGACAAAGAUAUUUAAUUAAAAUUUAAAUUCCAAAUGUUUAUAUGAAAAAACUAAGUAUCAUUAUUUUUAUUUUUAAUUUGUGAUACAUUUUAUGUCGAAAGACUACUCAUAACUACAAGGCUGAGGUAAUAUUUAUUUUGUUAAAGUUAAAGUUAAAUUGUAAAUGUUUAUAUAAAAAACUAGGUAUCGUUAUUAUUCCUAUUUUUAAUUUGUGAUACAUUUUAUGGUAAAAGACUACUCAUAACUACAAGGCUGAGAUAAUAUUUAUUUUGUUAAAGUUAAAUUGUAAAUGUUUAUAUAAAAAACUAGGUAUCGUUAUUUUUCCUAUUUUUAAUUUGUGAUACAUUUUAUGGUAAAAGACUACUCAUAACUACAAGGCUGAGAUAAUAUUUAUUUUGUUAAAGUUAAAUUGUAAAUGUUUAUAUAAAAAACUAGGUAUCGUUAUUAUUCCUAUUUUUAAUUUGUGAUACAUUUUAUGGUAAAAGACUACUCAUAACUACAAGGCUGAGGUAAUAUUUAUUUUGUUAAAGUUAAAGUUAAAUUGUAAAUGUUUAUAUAAAAAACUAGGUAUCAUUAUUAUUCCUAUUUUUAAUUUGUGAUACAUUUUAUGGUAAAAGACUACUCAUAACUACAAGGCUGAGAUAAUAUUUAUUUUGUUAAAGUUAAAUUGUAAAUGUUUAUAUAAAAAACUAGGUAUCGUUAUUUUUCCUAUUUUUAAUUUGUGAUACAUUUUAUGGUAAAAGACCACUAACUACUAUGAACCUAUACAUUAAAUAUACAUUGUUAGUAAUAUGCUUAUCUAAAUAAAUAAACUAUUAAUGUUUUAACUAUUUGUCAGUUUUCUGAAUUUAUUUAAAAUAUGAAUUAUUUGUUGUUGCAUUCGUUUUCCUGCUAUUAGCUCUGUAUUUGCACGGUUUGCAUUUGGUUCAUUAAUAGCUGCAUUAUUUAAAAUGCCAAAAACUUAAACUAGAGACACUCAAAAUAUGGUUGAGGGUAUGUAUUUUAAACUUAGGUUACCUAACAUGAACUUGUACUUUGAAAGGUAUGAAAUUAAUACCUAAAACUUAUACAUACAAAACAUAGGUAAUUAAAGUGGUUUUAAUUAAAAAUGUUCUAGUUAACUAGGUGUCUUUCAAAAAUCUGUCAAAGCAUCUUGACAGGUUAUUAGCAUAAGUGAAGACAGAAAUAAAAUUCUUAAAAAGUACUACACUCAGAAGUUGCAGCUCUUAGAAAGGAUUGCUAUUGUCAAAGAGAGGAAGUUGGCUUUAAUGGAAGCAAACAUAAGUAUUAUAAAUAAAAAUUCA